CGUCUCUGUACGCUUUCUUCGUUAGCCGUAAACGGUGUUGUUGGGAAUACAGCGGUUCGGAGCUGGAACUAAAGCGGGUUUAGCAGGUUGAUUCCGAGUCAGUUAGAAGAUUCGAUGAGUUUGUGAUGGAGGCGAGGAACUCAUCAUGGCAGAAGGCCCCAGAGAAGUUGUAAGCAACUCAGUCUGACGAUGAGCAGGAACAAUGUGAGGAUGGAAAUGGACCUGACUUUUGGAUCAGUGAAGCCUUGCGGGUCGUCUCGCAGUAUCGUCAGAAGAAUCGGCUCGACCCUCCCUCUCGCACCAUGCCCUCGGAUCCACUUUCAGCUCCAGACAUUCAGUGUCAGAGAUGGAGCAGGAGUCCUGGGCGCUUCAGGAGGACGUGACCGGAUCGUAGCCUCACUAGCUGACAUAGGGUGGAUCGAGCAAGAGGAGAGCGAUGUCUCCGAGAGACGACAAUUGGAGACCGGCUCGGGGUUGGCGUUUCGUGCUCAACAGUGCCAACCUCUCAGACGUCAGAACUCUUUACCCAGCAUGCACCGGGCCUCACACGCUCCACAAAGCCAGACAAUCGUCAAUGAGCAGGCCAUUCAGAAGAUCAGUGCUCUGGAGAACGAGCUGGCUAAGCUGAGAGUGCAGAUCGCUCAGAUCGUACAGGCGCAAGAGCGGAACACACAAUCUGCAGCUCUUGCUCCAAAUGGUCCUCCUCCUCCUCCACCACCACCACCUCCUCCUCCUCCUCCCCCUCCAGGCCCUGGCAUGCAGAGGAGCUUUUCUGCUAUUGAUCUCAUCAAAGAGCGCCGCAGUAAAAAGUCUGAUCAAAACACAGUGUUGGCAUUGGGGCCUAAACAGCCUGAGGUGCCUAACAUGUUAGAUGUGCUGAAAGACAUGGGCAAAGUGAAGCUACGCGCCGUUAAAAAUCGUGUUGAAGAGGAUCACACCAAGACUAAAGCCAGUGAACCUACAGACCCUGCUGCUCUCAUCGCCGAGGCUCUGAAGCGCAAGUUCGCCCAUCGCUUCCGCAACGACAGCGAGUGUGAGACCAACUUCAGUCUCCCUGCUCGAGAAUCCAAUCCACACUCAGACACACCUGCGUUUGGACAGCACAUGUUGAAAUCAACAGGAAGGAGAAAACUCGUGUGACGGCGGAUUUGCAAGCUGAACGUGGAGUGUGUGCGUGUGCGUGUGUGUGUGUGUGUGUGCGUGCGUGUGCGUGUGUGUGCGUGUGUGUGCGUGUGUGUGUGUGCGUGUGUGUGUGCGUGUGUGUGUGCGUGCGUGUGUGCGUGUGUGUGUGUGUGCGUGUGUGUGUGUGUGCGCGUGUGUGUGUGUCUGCGUGUGUGUGUGUCUGCGUGUGUGCGCGAGAGUGCGUGGAACAGACUGGACACUAAGCACCCAGGCUGGUUUUCUGCACCAGCACCAUUUCAGAUCUCUAAUCACAGAGAACUUGCCUUGUUUUUAUGCCUCAUUCAUGUAAAGUUUCAGGACCAAAAACGCACUUUCACAUCAUGUCAGAAUUACAGUCAUUUUAAAAGACGACAUCUCUCCGGAUCUUAACUACUCGGACUUGAAAAUAAAUUCUGUGGCAAUUUGCACAUCAAAAAGGACACAGUCUGAUAGCUAGGAAUUAGCCAGACUACCUUUUAUGUUUCACUAAAUAAUAAAAAAAAAAACACUAAACAACUCGAUUUUACAGCUGCUUAAACGUCUUAUUUAUUAACUCUGACAUGAUGUGAGCGAUAAACCAAGAAAGUUAGAAUUUAUAUAUAUUUUUUAAAACAUAGUCUUGUUUUAUAUCUGUUCCUUACUUAAACUUUGAUUAAGGGCCAUCAGAAAGUGUGUGGAUUCUGCUGAUAAUCGUUCCUGAUCGCUUUCUCUCGGCCCAGUGUUACGACCCUGAUCUUAAAAGUGACAUGAGCACUUUCAAUAAAUUCUUCUUAGUUAGUGUUAAUUUAUAAAGUUGGGAAGUUUAUUUAUGUUCGGUUUUAGAUAUUACUAGUUUAGACUUGUUAAUAGGAUGUAAUUUGAAUGAUGGAGGAGCUGCUGGUUAUAAACACACGCUACAUUUCGAGAUGAUUCUUUUACUAACGUUUAUCUUCGACGUUUCUACACGUUAUUCAGCACGUGUUCGCUUACUCAGUGAAGCCAGUACGUAUACGUUCUAGUGACGUUUAGGUUUAUUACUUAUUAGAAUUAAAAAGAGAUGAAAGAUUGUUUAGUAAGCAUGAAAAGCAUGUGCUGAUGAAGCAACAUACCCAUUUUUAUUAAUAGGACCAUAUUUCCAAAACAACUACUGAAAUAAUUCCUGUCAAAGUGACCGUUCUCUCUGUCUGGUGAACAGAAUUAUGGGAAAUUUGCCAUCCCAAAGUAAUGUUAGCUGGAUUUGGUUGCUGGAUGAUGUUGGACGUAUCCAGAAGCUCAAUCCUCCUCAGAGCAGCGCGUUCGAAAUAAACACGUCUAGAUAUUCCUGCUUUAUAUUGUGCUCAAGUUUUAUAACUAAAUCUCACAUGAUUGUGGUCACUAAUGCACUUGUAAUAAGUCUUUAAUUUAGUUUAAAAAACGCUUGAGUCCCUGUUGCUUAAGUUUAAUUACAAUCUUUGAGUACAAUCUACUUUAUGAGUGUUAUGAUAACACAGGUCGCUGUUUUGGACCAGUAUUAGUACUCAGUAACUCUUCACACUGGUUUCCCCCCAUCAUGUUUUUACUAUUUUGAAUAUUUUUGUGAUAUGGUCCAGUUUCAUUCCAAUGUUUAUAACACUAAUACAGUCCUGAAGCGUUGUGACUAAAUAAAAUGUUCAGUAUAACGUACACUUGGAGAUCUGCUGACAUUCAGGAGGAAAUAUAUUGUUCAGAAACACUACAUGAACAGAUCCACUGUAAUAACUUAUCUGGGAAACUGGAAUAAAGGGCUUCAUCAAUAAA